CAGUCGCCGAAGCCAUCACGAACCAGACGUCGUGACGAAGGUUAUAAGUCGCACGUGUCUACAUAAAAGUUAUCAAAAUGGGGAGAAAACGUGACAAAAUUCCUGUUGACCCAGAAACAUUAAAAAAAUACGAAAUGGGUGAAGGAAUAAACUUGAAAAAGGGUAUCAGAAAUAAAGUACACCGUCUAAGGGUACAUAAUAAGGAAAAACUCUUGGCACCUAUGGCAGAAGAAGCUGCACGUAGAGAAAUUCUUUUAACUGAAGAUUAUGGUUGUCUUGAAACUGAUGCUGGAGAAACAACAACUCAAUUCAAACAAAGAGAAUUAGUUGAAAAUGUAGAUCUUAUUAGUGCUGCCAAGUGUUUCAAUUUAAAUUUGGACUUUGGUCCUUAUUCCAUGAGAUACACAAGGAAUGGACGGCAUUUAGUAAUCGGUGGCAAAAAAGGUCAUGUUGCAGCUUUUGACUGGGUUACAAAAAAAUUAGCCUGCGAAAUGAAUGUGAUGGAAUCAGUUCAUGACGUUUGUUGGUUGCAUAUAGAAACUAUGUUUGCUGUAGCUCAAAAAGAAUGGGUUUAUAUCUAUGAUAAUCAAGGAAUUGAGUUGCAUUGUUUAAAAAGAAUGAAUCAACCUACAAAAUUAGAAUUCUUGCCUUACCACUUUUUACUGGCUGCUUCUUCAGCAGUUGGUGGGCUAUCUUGGCUUGAUGUUUCUAUAGGAGAAAAAAUUACUCGUAUGGAUACAAAACUUGGACGCAUAAAUGUAAUGACUCAAAAUCCUUACAAUGCUCUUUUGUGUGUUGGUGAUUCAAAAGGGGUAGUAUCCAUGUGGUCACCUAAUUCGCAUCAACCAUUAGCCAAAAUGUUGGUUCACAAACAAGCUGUAAGUGCUUGUGCUGUACAUCCUCAUGGAACAUACAUGGCCACUAGUGCUCCAGAUCGUACUUUAAAAAUAUGGGAUAUUAGACAAUUGUCUGGACCUGUAGAAAAUGCAGUUUUGAGAUCAGCGGCCCAACAUUUGUCUUACAGUCAACGUGGUUUAUUAGCUGUAGGGAUGGGAAAUGUUGUUGAAAUUUUCAAGGAUACUCAUACUAAUUUGAAGCCUUAUAUGAGACACAAAGCAAGUUGGGCUUUGUCAGAUUUGAAGUUUUGUCCUUAUGAAGAUGCUUUAGGAUUAACUCACACAAAAGGAUUUUCCUCAGUUUUGGUACCAGGAAGUGCAGAGGCCAAUUAUGAUGCCCUAGAAACUAAUCCAUUCCAAAAUAAAAAGCAACGUAAAGAAGCUGAAGUUAAGGCUCUUUUGGAUAAAAUUCAACCUGAAUUUAUUUGUUUGGAUCCUAACGCAAUUGCUGAAAUUGAUGUAGCGGCAUUGCAACAUAAGUUGGAUUCAAAGAAGAAAUUGGGGUACGUUAAACCUAGGCAGAUAGAUUUCAAACCACGUAAAACAAAAGCCAAGGGUAAAGGUGGUACCGCUAAAGUGAUCAAAUCUAAAAAGGCUUUGAAAUUGAAAGCUAAGAGAGCGGCUAUUCAAGAGAUGCGUGAUGCCAAGGUUCUUAUUGACAAAAAAGAAAACAAAAAGAAACCCGAAAAAUCUUAUGGAGUUUUGGAUAGGUUUUUAGAACCGAAAAAAAAAUGA